AAGCAUGGAAUUGUCUCCACAGGCAUCAAGCAUGAUGGAACUAUGUGUGAUACCUGCCGCCAGCAACCAAUCAUUGGCAUUCGAUGGAAAUGUGCAGAGUGCACCAAUUAUGAUUUGUGCACUGUUUGUUAUCAUGGAGAUAAACAUCACUUAAGGCAUCGCUUUUAUAGGAUUACUACACCAGGAAGUGAACGGGUUCUGUUAGAGUCUCGUAGAAAAUCUAAGAAGAUUACAGCCAGAGGAAUCUUUGCUGGUGCCAGAGUGGUGCGAGGAGUGGACUGGCAGUGGGAAGAUCAAGAUGGAGGCAAUGGGCGGAGAGGAAAGGUGACGGAAAUCCAGGACUGGAGCGCAUCCAGCCCACACAGUGCAGCAUAUGUCCUCUGGGAUAACGGUGCUAAGAACCUUUACAGGGUUGGCUUCGAGGGCAUGUCUGAUCUCAAGUGUGUCCAGGAUGCCAAAGGAGGUUCUUUCUACAGAGAUCAUUGCCCUGUGCUAGGUGAGCAGAAUGGCAACAGGAAUCCUGGUGGAUUGCAGAUUGGUGACCUGGUAAAUAUAGACCUUGAUCUAGAAAUUGUCCAGUCUUUGCAGCACGGCCAUGGAGGAUGGACCGAUGGCAUGUUUGAGACUUUAACUACAACUGGAACCGUCUGUGGCAUUGAUGAAGAUCAUGACAUUGUAGUACAGUAUCCAAGUGGCAAUAGAUGGACUUUCAAUCCUGCUGUUCUCACUAAGGCAAACAUUGUCCGAAGUGGGGAUGCUGCACAGGGUGCAGAAGGAGGCACCUCACAGUUUCAAGUGGGUGAUCUUGUGCAAGUUUGUUAUGAUCUGGAAAGAAUUAAACUUCUCCAAAGAGGACAUGGUGAAUGGGCUGAAGCGAUGCUUCCAACUUUAGGUAAAGUUGGCCGAGUACAACAGAUUUAUUCAGACAGUGACUUAAAGGUGGAAGUCUGUGGAACAUCUUGGACGUAUAACCCUGCAGCAGUUUCCAAGGUGGCACCUGCAGGAUCAGCCAUUAGCAAUGCAUCUGGUGAAAGACUCUCCCAGCUUCUGAAGAAAUUAUUUGAAACCCAAGAAUCUGGUGACCUCAAUGAAGAGCUGGUUAAGGCUGCUGCCAAUGGAGACGUGGCUAAAGUGGAAGAUUUGCUGAAAAGACCAGAUGUGGAUGUGAGCAUUUCAAAAACAACUUUGAGGCAUUUGCAGAAGUUGUAG